AUGCGCGCGGGAGCGGACUCGAAAUACCUCCUCUUUCUAGACGACGACAUUCAAACCCACCUGGACACGCUCACCCUGCUCGUAACAGCCAUGGAGGAAAAUCCCAACGCGCUCGUCUGCACGGGCGAUUCCUUCGACUUCCCGGGUCCGGACCCGCGAACCAGGCGCAACCUAGCGGCAUACGCGGCCAUGGCGUAUCGCGUGCCCGUGCAGCUCGCCAUGGCGUCGGGCGGGAAGCAGCUGCCCGAGUGGGGCGGCUGCAUGAUGAUUCGCCUCGACGACCUCCGCGCCGACAGAUACGGCAUGUUGACGGCCUCACGACCUCACUCUUUCCGCCAUCGCCGCGAUUUCAACAGCAGCGCUGCCAUGGCGCUCAUCCUCGCCAAUGCAAGCCUCUUUCUCGCGCUGCUGUACCUCUCACUGCUCUCCCUUGCGACGUUCGCAGUGAUCCGCCUGUUCCACACCACCUUCUCUCUCUGCAACCUCCUCUCACCCGAGAAACCCUCUAUUCGUCUGGGCAGCCUCAGCCUGAUGCUGGGCGUGGCGGGCAUGCUGGUCGAUCUCGCAGUUGUCCCUAUUGUGUCGGUGUACACGCUGUUAGAACCCGCUAUUACAUGGGCUGGAAUCACGUACGUGCGGCGCAGGGGACUUAUUGUGAAGGUCAGGCAUCCUCAACAUCCGCAGGUGGGGCAGCAGCAGCAGCACAGGCAGGAAAGGGACGGGGUGGUGAAGGGUGAAAGGGAGGAAAUUAAGGGAAUGGAGGAGGCGGAGCUGGAAAAGGAGGAUGCUGAGGAAGAGCAGCAGUGA